UAAAAAGUUGUUAGCGUUUACAUGAUGUUUGCCCCCAUAAACCAAGAUAACUUCAGCCUGAAUGGGCGCCCCAUAAGAGAGGCGACUCAGCUGAUUUGGUUUACUUGUAAGCAACUGUGUUAAUCUGAACGUCUCACGCAGCGCUGUCGCCUCGGUGGAAAAGUACAGCGGGGAAGUGGUGUCCCCUGGAACCCGGUCAGAGAAAACACUCUUCAAGUGACACGACGUGUUCAGACCAGUGCGACAGAUAAUGAGGUCAUAGAGGAGCAAGAGGAAGCCCUGGGUGCCCGUGGCAUGUUGUUCCUGUUGAGAUCCUGCGGUGCACCCAGCUUAGAGGAAUACUGAUCAGUUUGCUGAGGCUGCCAGCGACUCUUGGGGGAGGGGGCUUGGCGGUGGAAGGAAGAUUGAUUAAAGGAAACAGCCAUCAGAGAUGCCUGGUCAGGAUAGCAGUCUGGUGAAGAAGACACAACUGCUAGAUCGAGGCCAAUGGGGGAACAAGUUGGAAUUUCUGUUGGCUGUAGCAGGAACCCUGGUGGGGCUGGGGAACCUCUGGAGGUUUCCCUAUUUGUGCUACAAGAAUGGGGGAGGUGCAUUUCUGGUUCCUUACGUCUUGUUUCUGCUCUCUUGUGGCAUACCGAUGUUCCUCCUGGAGACGGCCAUGGGACAGUUCACAUCUCAAGGAUGCAUUACCUGCUGGAGGCACUUCUGCCCUUUGUUUGAAGGGAUUGGCUACGCUACCCAGGUUGUGAUCGCAUACGCUGCCGUGUCGUACAUUGUCAUCCAGGCGUGGGCCUUCUUCUACCUCUUCUCCUCCUUCAGCGCUGAGGUCCCGUGGGCCAGCUGCAGAAACACCUGGAACACAGAGUUUUGUGUUGAAUUUGACAAAAAUAAUGCAUCAUACAACUGGACAGCAAACGCAACAACGCCUGCAACAGAAUUCUGGGAGAGACGGGUGUUGGGCAUAUCUCAAGGGAUUGAAGAGAUUGGGAGCCUGAGGUGGGAGUUGGCCUUGUGUCUCUUACUGGCCUGGGUCCUUUGCUACUUCUGUGUUUGGAAAGGAGUCAGAUCCACUGGAAAGGUGGUUUACUUCACAGCCACAUUCCCUUAUGUGAUGCUGGUGGUUCUGUUGGUGCGUGGACUCACUCUACCAGGAGCGGUGGAUGGCAUUGCUUUCUAUCUGUACCCGGACCCCACGAGGUUGGUGGACCCUCAAGUUUGGAUGGAUGCAGGUGCACAAGUUCUUUUCUCGUUUGGGAUUUGUCAGGGCAGUCUGACAGCUCUGGGAAGUUACAAUCAAUAUAAUAAUGAUUGCUACAAGGACACGUUUGUUCUGUGUUUGGUGAAUGGCGCGUCAAGCUUUGUGGCAGGUUUCGCCAUCUUUUCAGUUCUGGGCUUCAUGUCCUUCGAACAGGGUGUGCCAAUAUCUGAGGUGGCUGCUUCGGGCCCCGGCUUGGCGUUCAUCGCAUACCCUCGUGCAGUAGCCAUGAUGCCCUUUCCGCAGUUAUGGUCCAUAUGUUUCUUCAUCAUGGUCAUACUGUUGGGGGCAGAUACACAGUUCGUCAGUCUGGAAUGCCUGAUGACCUCCGUGACCGACAUGUUCCCCAGCGUGUUUCGAAGAGCUUAUCGUCGCGAGUUGCUGCUGCUUUGUCUCUGCGUUGUCUUCUUCUUCCUCGGCCUCCUUCUCGUCACAGAGGGUGGCUUGUACUUCCUUCAACUCUUUGACCACUAUGUCUGCAGUGGCAACAAUCUGCUGCUGCUGUCAGUGUGUCAGUCGGUAGCCAUCGGGUGGGUGUACGGUGCAGAUCGUCUCUAUGACAACAUCGAAGACAUGGUGGGCUAUCGCCCGUCUUCCGUAAUGAAGUACUGCUGGCUUUACGUUACCCCCACUGUUUGUCUGAGCACCUUUGUCUUUUCAUUGGUGAAAUACAAGCCUCUAAAGUUCAACAAAACCUACGUCUAUCCGCCCUGGGCCUACGCUUUGGGCUGGUGCCUGGGACUGUUCUGCGUUCUCCUGGUUCCUCUGUGGAUCCUCUUUAAACUAAUGCAGAUGAAAGGCACUGUGGGGCAGAACUUGAGGCAUCUUUGUCGCCCUGAAAUCAAGACGCACGGCCCGGCGAAGCAGUCGGAGCAAUGCCCCCUGGACCCCGACAACACUCUUUCUCCUGCUGCCAAUGAAUGCAAAGCCGGUGGUGGAGCUGAGAUGGAGAUGCACAUGUGAGAAGAUGAACGUUUCUGACAAGGUUUCAGACGUGGCGUUAGGAUUUUAAACUGCACGUUUUACAAGUGAAGCCUUUGCAGAGAAAUGAUGAGGAGCAAUUCCUUCGGACAUCCAGCUCUGUUUGGGUCUGCAGCGGGCUCAAUGAGCAGCGAGUCGGGUGUCUCUGCUGUAGACCAACAUGGCGUAGCAUCGGAACACUAUCGAACCAUUUAAAAAUAAUCUUGUUUUCAGUUUAAAAAAAAAACUUCAGAUCAAGUCACCUGCAUAGAAACCAAUGGAAAUGGUUUGCCUUAAACAUGAUAUUAUUAUAUUGUCCUUGAUUAGCUUUGUUCCUUAUCAUAUAUUUUCUGUUACUGUAUGUAUACAUUUAUUUACUUGAAUCUGUUACUUGAUUAUAUUAUAAUUAAAUGGGGAUAGUUUCCAUUCUGCACGUUGCUUUUCAGUGUGAGCUCACAACACUCAUCUCACCAUCAAAAUAACACAACAGACUAAAGUAGUGAUGCUGUUUUGCACUGAGGUUGUUACUGCUGCAUUGGCUAUUCCUCUGCUUAUAAGCUCUGUUUUAAAUGUAUAACAAAGCAAAAUGAGACUUUCAAGGAGCUCCAGGCUUCCUGAAGAAAACAUCUUUGUACGGUGUGGUGUGGGUUAGUACGGCUCCGGACACAGGCACUGACACCAGGGUGGUGGGCUUCAAAGGUUUUAUUGUUUUAAUUAUUUUGCUCCCGCUCGCUCGCCCCCGCCUCACUCCUCAAAUAGGGGAGAGCACACACACACACACACAAUUAUCCCCAGCUGGUUGUUAUUGUUUUCACCUGGCCCUGUUCCCCGAGCCACUCCCCCUCUCUCCCCCCUGCAGCCGAGCUGAAACCACGCCCGCCACCACAGUCUUAUUUUUUAAUUUUGUUAUCUUUGUUGUGACAAAAAAUCAUACGGAACGUGUUACAGAUCUGAUUCAAGCCUCCGUGUGGAUUCUUCUCCAUGGCAACGGCUGCUGAGGGUCAUGGGAACUGUAGUCCUCGGCACAGUUCUAAACCAACAGUAUACGUUCAGGGGAAAUGUUUUUGACCAAGAGCUAUAACCCUUUUGUACUCUUAAAUUUACUAGAACGCAUGUCAUCAUCAAAAACACCUUCAAUUAUGAUUUAAAACACGUAUUUACUUAGAAAUAUGCAGCUUAGCCCAAAGGAAAGGCAUGUUUUGCACAAACAUGAUAUUCACCUUUUUGUUAGUGGAUCGAGACUUUUUUACCUUGCUGUAGUCGUUUUGUUACUGUAGUAGAGAUCCAAAGUAAAGGGUUAAUCUGAAUGGGUAUUAACAGACGCGUGACGAUUGGUGAUCAAAGCUGUCAGGUGCCUUAAGGUUGACUAUGUGUGAGCAAUGUACAACAUAUUUUUUCAAAUCAUAUCCAUGUUGUGUGAACUCAAUACAUUUCAUAUUGUGCAGAUUUGCAUUUUCUUUGG